UGGAGAAAUGCGAGGCCGUUUGCGUGAUGCGGACGUCCCCCGGGGCUAUGCGGCUAAGCUACAGGCACAACGUUCACCCAGGAGCACCAGACCAACGCCUUCCACCACGGCAACCUCAUCCCAUCGCAACACGCAGCAUGCGGCCACACAGCUCCCCAAGAAGGACCUGAGAACUCACUACACUCACCAUCGCCACCGCCCGCCCCUCCCUCAAGCCCCACCACCGGCCCUCAAUGCAGUGCCCGCUGCUGCGAGUCUGGAGGAAUCCCCAUUGGCCAAGCCCGUUUCUCUGCGCCUAACGAAUGGUCCCCUAUCGCUCACGACCUCAACGUCGCGGCGGCCGGCUGCGAGGGAGCCCGUCCAAUCGCAGGCGCCCUCUCUCUCACGGCCUCCUUCCGCUCCAUCGUCCUCUCACCGUGAGAGCCCCUUGACGGCGCACCGCAACCGGGCUGUCCCGACGCCAUCCAAUGCCUCUCCGCAGCUGUCGGCGGCCAGAUAUGUGCCCAAUGCCCACGCCGGAAGAGACCGGCAUCUGUUCGCCAAGUUUGAAGAUCCGAAAGACAGUGAGGACGCCACGCCACCGCGGUUUCGGGAGGGCCAUCUUCUCUCGCCUCGCGUCCCUGGCCAUGGGCAGACCCCUGCAGCAGGCGCUAGGGAGGAGACGGACAUCCAUGUUCCCUGCCCGUCCUCCCUGCCACCCCCUCCCCCUCCCCCUCCUCCUCCCCACUUCACGGCAAAGCUGCUGCCCUCUCCCUCCUGCUCUUCCCACCGUCGCGCACGCGAUGCUUUUGACAAUGCCGAUGGGCCUCGUCGGUAUCUGUCCGAAUCAGCGGCUGUGUUGAGGGUGCAGCGAUGGUGGCGUCAUAGGCGCAGAGUGGUGUUCAUGAGAUGGCGGCUGCGGCAGAUGUGCACCCUGGUGAGGCUGGUGAGGCGGCUGCAGAGAUGGUGGAGGCGAAUGCGGUGGAUCGGGGAGCUGACGAGACGCUGUGAGGAGCGGAGGGAGGUGGUUGGGAAGUUCGGGAGGCGCGGGACGGCGGAGGGCCACCACCACCCGUUGCCAUUGCCGCCGCCCGAGGAGCAGAUCAUCCCCACCGUCGCGAGGCGAUUGGGCUUGCUGCCGGCUGCGGAUGGCAGCCUCAUCCCGGAGCAUGAGCAUGAGCACUCUACCCCGCCGCACCCCAACAACAACAACAACAACAAUAACAAGACGGCGUCGCCCCCGUCGACAUGGACAGCGGGCAGCGAGAAGAGCCUGGUGUCGACCUCGCAGCACCUCCCGCCCGGCGUCGGCUGUGAGGGUCUCACUGCCGACCCAUCCCUCAUGCACCUACACGCCACUCGACGGGCAGACAUCGCCGGACCAAACCCCACCAUACCGGAGGGAGACGAACGAGACCAACAAGAAGACGCCAUCCACGAGCACGAGGAGGACGAGCAUGAGGAGGCCAAGUGCGCCCACUCGCCCAUGACGGUCAUGUCGGUUCCAUCCUCGGCCUCUGCUUCGGGGGGCACCAAGCCGUUCCUGCGUCGGAAGAGCAAGGCGGUGCCGGCGCAAACUGUGGAUUGGUCGGGUGUGGGGCCGCGUGUGGAGCCAUGGCUGAGCAGACAGGGGAAGGCGCCCACCACCAGACGCCGACACGCCGUGGCUGAGGAUGGCACGCUCUCCCGCGGAGAAGAUGACAGCAGUUUCCUUGCUGCGAGUGAGAGAGAAAGGGAGUCGGUGCCGAUGCUGGUCCGCACGGGGGCCGGGGGCGCUCCUUGCAGUCGCCAGCCACCCAAUACCACCAUCGGCACCACCACCAGCAGGAGGAGGGUCCAGGGCAGCCGCUACCCGUCGGCACCAGCCGUGCUCAGCGAGUCGUUCUCGCGGAUCCGCGCGAGCCUGCAGGGCGACUUCGCCGCGUCUCCUUCUCCAGGCCACAGAGAGCACAGAGACGUGGCGGUGGCCAGGGGCGGAGGUGGGGCUAGGGAUGAUCAGAGUGGCGAUGUGCUGUGCGAUUCCUCCGAGUUUGAGCGGCUGCUGGAGGGUAUCCAGCGGCGGGGCAUGGCUUUGCCUGUCGGGCUGACAGCGGAGCCCAUCGACCCUGCGAUAGCACAACUAGAACGGUACGCAAUGGGAUGAGAGAAAGACGCCCGAACCAUACGUUUGCGCACAGGAGGUUUGAUUUGUCACGUUUUCUCUGGUUGGUUUGUGCGUGAGUGAGUGCAGGGAUUUGGACGCUUUGGAGCUGUCACUGCACGAUGCGGGCAUCCUGUCGGAAACGCCGCCAGGUCAGGGAGGCAGGCAGGCAGCGAGGGAGGCAGGCAGUCAGGCAGGCAGCGAGCAAAGUGGAUGAGACAUUCAUCCAUCGGCUCACCCAUCCAUCCCCGUCUGUCUCUUUCCUGUGCACGCGUGUACGUAUGUGUGUUGGUGUGUGCAGUGACGGGUAGUUCCAUCCCCCAGGUGGCGAGGGACUCGCCCUACAUAGCAUCGCUGCAGCUGCCGGAGGACUACCAGGUCACUCACAUCACAUGCAAUGCACUGCAAUGCACCCACCAUUCAUUUCGACUUACUGUGUUGUGCAUGUCGUGUGUGUGCAGCGGGAGGUGGCGGCGCUCGUGCGUGAGUAUGACCGCCUGUGUGCGGGCGAUGUCAGCUAGCUGCCACGACGACUGACUGACCGGGUGAGAACAUUCGUGAAGGUCAUGUAGACAGACAGGUAGAUAGAGAAAGGGGAAACGAUGAGGGACGGGAUGGACGGCAC